UCUUCAAAGCGUCAUGAAAGUGCCCACGUCUCUUCUGUAAGGCAGCAGGCAAGGGCUCUGGCCUGGGUGUCGCCCGUUAGCUCCCCCUGCCCUUCCCAGAGAUGAAGGUUUUAGGGUUACCUCCGCCAGCCUUGGGGUUUAGCCCCAGUGAGGGGAGUGGCGGUAGCCGGGGCAUUUCCCGCGACCUGCCGCCCACGCGCUGCUCUGGGAACGAAUGCAGAUGGGGACUAACAGCUUCCCGCCGUCCCAGUAGGUAACCAAGAACCACCAUGGGUUAGGCCUGCUUUCUACUGUGCUCAUCUCAGGUGUCACUGCCUGCACUUGACACAUCCCAGGUCGGGCACAGAUGCGGGAGUGGCCCGGCGUCCGCAGCCCUGGGUCCCGUGCAGAGCCAGGCAGCAGGAUGGAAAAGGCUGCGAGUCCUCGGAUCCGGCUGCGCCCAGAAACAAGUUUGCUGGUCAGCGCGGAUAAUACGCGCACGCCAGCUCCAUCGGCACUGGGCUCUACUUACUUCGACUCGGGCUAACCUCAGGCAUUCUGCUAAUUAGGGUCUGGCCUGCCGUCACAGCAACGCCGCGUGGCCUCGGCCACCCAGCAGCCGUGAGCGUGGGGUUUAGUGCUUCGGGGCAGUUCCGGCUCGAGAGUUGGUGAAAGACUUAGGUUCUCGCGAGAUCUGGGAGGGAGCAGCGCGCGUGCACGCGCCCGAGAGCCGUUAGGGUGGAACCCCCUCCUGGGCGGGGCGGGCGGAGCGAAGACAGUUGGACGCCCGUUGGUGGAGUCCCGCGGGAAACGACUCAGCGCGACCAGCGUGCGCGCCCCCGUCGCGGCGACGGUGGCGGCGAGCGGCGUCAGAGCUUGGAGGGGGGGGCUGACGGCUUCUGGCGGGUGGCAGUGUUGGAGGAAAGAGCUUGCUUUGCUCGUGUCGCUUCUGUCCCAGGAACCAGACGGAGAGUGAGGGCACGAGGGUCGCUUUCACGGGGCUGCUAUCUUCCACGUACACGUCGUCGUGAGGAGCGCAGCCCGGACUCUCCCGCGAGCCCUCCGGCUCCCCUUCAGCACGCCUCGAGGCGGCGGCGGCCACCGAGACCGCAUCGCACCUCCCCCCACCCCUUCCCCUCACUCCCCCGCCCGAAAGGGCCCGGUCUGCGCCCCACCCCCGCCCGUCCGCCCGCUACGCCGCCGCCAUGUCGGCGCAGGCCCAGAUGCGCGCGAUGCUGGACCAGUUGAUGGGCACCUCCCGGGACGGGCCCUGGUGGUGGCAACCGCCUGUGUGCCACUGAAAAUCGUGCCGAUGCCUGGCAUACUGCAUAAAUGGAAGCAGGGUACCGCGUGAGUUGAAACAUUGGUCACACUAUAUAAAGUUUGUACACGUGAAUCAGUGUCACUCAUACCCAUGUAACUGGGGGUCUGACUGGAUUUGGAUUUUUCUGAUAAGGCAUCAUGGGCUAAGGAAAAGAGCACUGGGCUGAGAUUCAGGAGACCUGGUCUCUAAUUAUUACCUUGGGAGAUACUACUCGUCAACGAAUCAAAUUCAGUGAUGACAGAGUAUGCAAGAGUCACCUUCUCAACUGUUGCCCCCAUGAUGUCCUUUCUGGAACUAGAAUGGAUCUUGGAGAAUGUCUGAAAGUCCAUGACCUGGCCUUAAGAGCAGAUUAUGAAAUUGCAUCCAAAGAGCAGGAUUUUUUCUUUGAACUUGAUGCCAUGGAUCAUCUGCAGUCAUUCAUUGCAGAUUGUGAUCGAAGAACAGAAGUGGCUAAGAAAAGACUGGCAGAAACCCAAGAAGAAAUUAGUGCUGAAGUGGCAGCAAAAGCAGAACGUGUUCAUGAGUUAAAUGAAGAAAUUGGAAAAUUGUUAGCCAAGGUGGAACAACUAGGAGCUGAAGGGAAUGUAGAAGAAUCUCAGAAAGUAAUGGACGAAGUAGAGAAAGCACGGGCAAAGAAAAGAGAAGCAGAGGAAGUUUAUCGGAAUUCUAUGCCAGCUUCCAGUUUCCAACAGCAGAAACUUCGAGUCUGUGAAGUCUGCUCUGCCUAUUUAGGUCUUCAUGACAAUGACAGACGAUUGGCUGAUCAUUUUGGGGGGAAACUGCACCUGGGAUUUAUUGAAAUAAGAGAGAAGCUUGAAGAAUUAAAGAGAGUUGUAGCUGAGAAGCAGGAGAAAAGAAACCAGGAACGCCUGAAACGAAGAGAAGAACGAGAGAGAGAAGAACGGGAGAAGCUAAGAAGGUCCCGAUCACAUAGCAAGAAUCCCAAAAGAUCCAGGUCUAGAGAGCAUCGCAGACAUCGGUCUCGCUCCGUGUCACGAGAACGCAAGAGGAGGACUCGAUCCAAGUCUCGGGAGAAACGCCAUCGCCACAGGUCCCGCUCCAGCAGCCGCAGCCGCAGCCGCAGCCACCAGAGAAGUCGGCAUAGUUCUAGAGAUAGGAGCAGAGAGCGAUCCAAGAGGAGAUCCUCAAAAGAAAGAUUCAGAGACCAAGACUUAGCAUCACGUGACAGAGACAGGAGUUCAAGAGACAGAUCACCUCGUGACCGAGAUCGAAAAGAUAAGAAGCGGUCCUAUGAGAGUGCUAAUGGCAGAUCAGAAGACAGGAGGAGCUCUGAAGAGCGGGAAGCAGGGGAGAUCUAAUUAGCUGUGUAUAUAUCUUCAAUCCUAAACUUCCUAUGGAGUUACAUGCUUUGUUUAGUUUACAGCUGUUGAGGGUGACAGUGAGCAGUUCCAGACACCGUUCCAGCCAGGCUAGGUGUGCAGUGUCUAACUUGAUCUGAACUGAACCCGUUUUCCUUGGUGAAGCCUAAAACUACAUCCAUAGUUUCUGGUGAGCCUGUAAUACAGUUCUGAAAGUACAGUUUAUAUAAUAACAUGCUGAUCUCUUUAUUCUUUCAAGUAGAAGUGAUAGUGAAUGAAUUGUGUUACUUGCCUUGGGAUUUUUGGACAUUUGUAAAAUGCUGUCUUCCUUUCUUCUCCAAACAGCAGUGGCUUUGGGAAUUCUUUUAAUUCUUCCUCUGACUUUUGUAUCCCCUAAUACCUGCACCCUCCAACUGUAAGAGAAAGGGGGGGAGGGGUAGGGAAGCAAUAUUAUUUCUGUUCUAAGGUUCUAUUCCCAUUAUUAAUUACUAGUUGAUUAUAAUUCAGAACAUUUAUACUGGGAUGUGUGCUGGAGAAACAAAAUACAGGGAGUUUUGUUUGUUUGAUGGUGCCCAUUUAGAUUUGGAAGUUGAACAGCUGUUGUAUUACAUACUUUUGCUUUUUUUUUAAUUGAAAUUUUAAAAUCAGACCUGUCUUGAUUUUUCUGUUCCAUUAAACUGCUAUGUUCAGGAUGUUCUGAUGGGGGGAGCGGGUAGGGACUCUUUCAUAAUAAGCACUUGUUUUAUUUUGUGUGUGUGGAGUAUAAAGACUACACCUUUAUUGUAAAAAAAAAUAAUAAUAAAAUGAAAGAAACAAUCACCACCACCAUUAUUAAACUGUACCUUGUCUAGUAAAUUGCCACUUAAACUAUCUGUUGUGGGUAUUUCCUCGAUUCUGUCGCAUUCUUAACAGUGCCUUACAGUGUAAGGCACCAAAAGAAGUAAAUACAUACUCUCAGAUUCCAGGUGGACUGCUGCUCCACCUGGGUCCCUUGCUGACUAUACUCCACUACUUCAGGGCUGUCUUUAACAGCCACUGUAGAGGAUUGGACCUGAAGAAGUUGGGGAUUUCUUUUGUACUCUUUAUUCAACAAGCAUGAAUAAAAACUAUGUAACCAAUAUAGUGAAGCCAACAGUUCUGCAUUAAAGAGCUGCUAUAUAGACUACAUACACUAUAAAUAUAGUAGUUGACAGGUGUCACUUAAAAUUUUACAAAACCUAAUGAGCAAAACUCUAUUAAGUAGUGAAAUUAGAGGGUAUAAUCAACCACAUUUACCUUUCAAGAACUAUUUCUUAGCUGGGCGUGGUGGCUUAUGCUAAUAAUCCCAACACUCGGGAGGUUGAGGCAAUAGGAUCACAAGUUCUAGGCCAGCCUGGGCUACAUAGUGAGACCUGUCUCAAAGUAUUCUUUCUUUGGUUUCUAACUAACAAAUUUGAUGUGAGAGAAUAGGAAACCACUACUCUAAGCAGUACCAGAUUGUUCUGUACGCUAGAAAAGGACGCUCAAAACUGAGCAGUGUCACAGUACAUGGUUCUUCACACAAAUGAUCUCAUUUUAAAAAUCCCUUCAGAACAGUUAUGUUGCUUGGAUACUUCUAGGAUUUAGACACUGAGAUAAGCAAGUUACUUUAAGUAAUCACCCUUGUAUCUCAAAGUUGAUUUAAAAUACAGGUAGCCUUUUUCCCUCCCUUCCUAGUGGCAGUAUGGUCUCUUUUAGGCAGAAUUCUCAAAAAUGUGUUUCUGAAGUUUGUGAUGUGGUUCAGUGGUAGAGAUAUUGCCUAGCAUGACAGAGACUGGGUUCUGUCCCCAGCAUU